UCCGUAGCUAGUUGUUGCUCGUCUGAGGCUCGAACGAUGAUUGAGAAUAAUGGCGACGCGUACACUCUGACUUGAUCCCAUGGAGCAGGCUGGAGCAAAAAAAAAGGAGAACCCAUUGGAUGUUUUUUGUGCACUUUUAAAAGUAACGAUACGGAUAAGCAGCCACGAAAAGAAGAACAUUCGCUCUCAGUAACAAGAAGCCAGGAGAAAUUGURCUGUUAGCAUUGCUAUUUGUAGCAUUGUGUUCGCUAGCUUGCUAAGUUGAAGAGGUGGCUUUAAUGUGUGUAAACUGAAGGGGAGAUGAAAACUGAGUGGUUGUUUGCAAACUGAAGAUAUGCUUGCUGAAUAGUGUUUGUGGAUUGUUAAGAUUUUCCUUCUCGAUAAUAUCACACAGCAAGUAUUGAUUUGUAGAUAACGUUAGCUUGUAGUUUUUGUGAAGGAUCCACCAGCACCCUCCUUGGGUUAGCCAGCAGGUUAGCUUUUGUGGAUUUUUUUUUUCUCUCCGGCUUCUUUCCUGUCUGGACUUGCUUCCACCUCACUGGGAAACUGUCUGCCUACCCAGUGCUCUUAACAGGCUGCUAGCUCGCUAACGUGGAAGAAUUUGUGUGCUUGUUUUGCGAGCUCUUUUCGUAAAUGACCACCGGCAGGAACAACCGGGCGAUGAUGGAAGGAGUGGGAGCCAGAGUGGUCCGCGGACCCGACUGGAAGUGGGGGAAGCAGGAUGGUGGAGAGGGGCAUGUCGGCACCGUCAGGAGUUUCGAAAGUCCAGAAGAAGUGGUCGUUGUUUGGGAUAACGGAACUGCUGCCAACUACCGCUGCUCUGGAGCUUACGACAUAAGAAUAUUAGACAGUGCUCCAACAGGUAUCAAGCAUGAUGGAACCAUGUGUGACACCUGUCGUCAACAGCCAAUCAUUGGUAUUCGCUGGAAAUGCGCAGAGUGCACCAAUUAUGACCUCUGCACAACCUGUUACCAUGGAGACAAGCAUCACCUGAGACACCGAUUCUACAGGAUCACCACCCCAGGCAGCGAGAGAGUACUUCUGGAGUCACGUCGCAAGUCAAAGAAAAUCACAGCCAGAGGGAUCUUUGCUGGUGGCCGAGUUGUUAGAGGAGUGGACUGGCAAUGGGAAGACCAAGAUGGAGGCAAUGCGAGGAGAGGAAAGGUGACGGAAAUCCAGGACUGGAGUGCCGCCAGCCCUCACAGCGCCGCCUAUGUGAUCUGGGACAACGGGGCCAAGAACCUCUACAGGGUCGGCUUCGAAGGAAUGUCGGAUUUGAAAUGUGUCCAAGAUGCCAAAGGAGGCUCGUUUUACAGAGACCAUUGUCCUGUUUUAGGUGAGCAGAAUGGAAACAGAAAUCCGGGUGGUCUUCAGAUCGGCGACCUGGUCAACAUUGAUUUGGAUUUAGAGAUUGUUCAGUCCCUCCAGCAUGGCCAUGGGGGAUGGACCGAUGGGAUGUUUGAGACGCUCACAACCACAGGCACCGUGUGUGGCAUCGAUGAGGACCAUGAUAUUGUGGUUCAGUACCCCAGUGGGAACAGAUGGACAUUUAACCCAGCAGUGCUAACGAAGGCCAACGUAGUGCGCAGCGGUGAAGUUGCAGCCGGAGCAGAAGGAGGAAGCUCCCAGUUCCAUGUGGGAGACCUGGUCCAGAUCUGCUACGACAUCGACCGCAUCAAGCUGCUCCAAAGAGGGCAUGGCGAGUGGGCUGAGGCCAUGCUGCCGACCUUGGGCAAGGUGGGCCGCGUGCAGCAGAUCUACUCUGACAGUGACCUGAAGGUCGAGGUUUGUGGGACUUCCUGGACGUACAAUCCUGCGGCUGUCACCAAGAUCGCCCCCUCCGGCUCUGCUGUCAGCAAUGCCUCUGGAGAGCGUUUGUCUCAGUUGUUGAAGAAACUUUUCGAGACGCAAGAGUCGGGGGACAUAAACGAGGAGCUGGUCAAGGCAGCAGCUAAUGGAGACCUGGCUAAAGUGGAGGAUAUUUUGAAGAGACCUGAUGUGGAUGUGAAUGGACAGUGUGCGGGACACACUGCGAUGCAGGCGGCCAGUCAGAACGGCCACGUGGAUGUCCUAAAACUGCUGCUGAAACACAAUGUAGACCUAGAGGCCGAGGAUAAAGACGGAGACCGGGCGGUGCACCAUGCGGCGUUUGGCGAUGAAGGCUCCGUCAUCGAGGUGCUUCACAGGGGUGGGGCUGACCUGAACGCCAGAAACAAGCGAAGGCAGACCCCGUUACACAUAGCGGUCAACAAGGGCCAYCUACARGUGGUUAAAACCUUGCUGGAUUUUGGUUGCCAUCCUAGUCUUCAGGAUUCGGAAGGUGACACACCUCUGCACGAUGCAAUUAGCAAGAAAAGAGAUGACAUGUUGUCAGUGCUGCUGGAGGCCGGCGCAGAUGUCACCAUCACUAACAACAACGGGUUCAAUGCCUUACAUCACGCUGCCCUGCGAGGAAACCCCAGGUAUGUGACAGUUUUCUSCAGUAWCGGUUGUAGUGCGAGUAAUGAGGAUGUAUUUAGGYGGGCUGUGAGGAGGUUAAAUCCUCAGGAUAUCACUAAAUGCUUGAUGCUUUCGAUAACAGCUGGUUUGGUUGCUGCAUUUUAAACACAAAAAUCAGUG